AUGCUUCAUUGCGGUGUACGGCUUUUAAAAAUGGCAGACGAAGAUGACAUCGACAAGGAUGGAGAUAACGGGCAAAAACCGGAUAAAAUGUUUGUUCUCAAAAAGUGGAAUGCCGUGGCUAUGUGGAGCUGGGACGUAGAAUGUGAUACGUGUGCCAUAUGCCGCGUUCAAGUUAUGGAUGCCUGCUUGCGAUGUCAGCACGAAAACAAGCAGGAUGAUUGUGUGGUGGUGUGGGGUGAGUGUAACCACUCUUUCCACAAUUGCUGCAUGUCUCUGUGGGUCAAGAAGAACAACCGCUGCCCACUGUGCCAGCAGGACUGGGUUGUGCAGCGCAUUGGAAAGUGAUCGUGUGUCAUUGCUUAGUCUUCAGGUGUGUGUACAGUGUGUGCAUGUGUGUGUGUACACAAGACAUCCAAGCCAUGAGGUGUCCUGUGAUGACCAGCGAAUCGGAUACCACAAGGACAAUGCGGAGUGUGUCGCUUUGAAGAAACCAUUUCAGUGUGUGCUGAUAAGAUGCCUUUACGUGUCUUUUUCAAUGUCUGAAGUAAAAUAGAAUUGUUUCAGUGUCUGUUAAAUUA